AGGGAGCGGUGAGGUGCCCAGGGACAGUGCAGGGACCCCGGCGCUGCCAGCUACACCGGGCGGGGGAGCCCAGCCCGGAAGUCGGCGAAGCUGUUGAAGGAACUGCUGCGGGGGCGCCGGGAAAGGAGCGUGCGGGCUCAGUAGGCCGCGGGGGCCGGAGCUGUGUCAAGCAUGCUUCAAGGCUACAGCUCAGUAUUCCAGGCCUUACUGGGGACCUUCUUCACCUGGGCUCUGACAGCAGCUGGAGCUGCUCUUGUCUUCAUAUUCUCUUCUGGACAGAGGCGGAUCCUAGAUGGAAGUCUCGGCUUUGCUGCAGGGGUCAUGUUGGCAGCUUCCUAUUGGUCUCUGCUGGCCCCAGCAGUGGAAAUGGCCACAUCCUCAGGGAACUUCGGUGCCUUUGCCUUCUUCCCCGUGGCUAUUGGCUUUACCCUCGGUGCUGCUUUCGUAUACUCAGUGGACCUCCUGAUGCCUCACCUGGGUGUAGGAGAAGAUCCUCAGACAGCGCUGGCACUGAACAUGGACCCCGUGUUGGUGAAAAAAUCGGACCCUGAGGGCCCUGCGGUGCUCCUUCCAGAGAGUGCACUUUCCAUCCGGAUAGGUAGCACUGGACUUUUUUCAGACAAGAACGAGAAUGGCGAGGCAUACCAGAGGAAGAAAGUGGCGACCGGCUUCCCAGAGGGCCCUGCUCCCCUGGCAUCACCUCCAGGCAGUGUGGCUCAGCCUGGCAGUGGCAGCUGGAGGAGAAUUGCUCUGCUCAUCCUGGCCAUCACCAUCCACAAUGUACCAGAGGGCCUGGCUGUUGGAGUUGGCUUUGGGGCCGUAGAGAAGACAGCAUCUGCCACCUUUGAGAGCGCCAGGAAUCUGGCCAUUGGAAUUGGGAUCCAGAACUUCCCGGAGGGUCUGGCUGUCAGCCUCCCCCUGCGUGGAGCUGGCUUCUCCACCUGGCGAGCCUUCUGGUAUGGGCAGCUGAGCGGUAUGGUGGAGCCCCUGGCUGGGCUCUUCGGCGCAUUGGCCGUGGUGCUGGCUGAGCCCAUCCUGCCUUAUGCACUGGCAUUUGCUGCUGGUGCCAUGGUCUACGUGGUCAUGGACGACAUCAUUCCUGAAGCCCAGAUCAGUGGUAAUGGGAAGCUGGCAUCCUGGGCCUCCAUCCUGGGCUUCGUGGUGAUGAUGUCACUGGACGUGGGCCUGGGCUAGAACUGUCACAUCAUACCCCAGGGCGGAGAGCACCAGACUUCUGCUGAAGGACCACAGGCUUCUUUUUCACAUUAAAACUUUGUUCCCCCUCCCUUCUUCAUUAUCUGGAUCAGCUCUGAUUGUUCAAUGACCAUUUUUACUUUCCUCUGGAGGGAGAUGGUACUUUUCUUUCUUCCUUUUUUUGUUUUUGUUUUUUUGAACCACCCUGUGUCAUGGACUACAGAUUUUUGUUUUGACCCCUGAAUGGAAUCUUUCUUCAUUGGAAUCAUCAAGGCAAAUAAAUCAAGGGACCCCUCUGCCUUCUUUCCCACCUCUGGUCUCCCUCUCUAGACUUAGCAGCGAUCCCUAAAGGCUGCUCCCAGAAGCAAGCUCCUAGGACAUAUUCUAAGCAUUCUGGCCUCAUUUCAAAGCAGGUGGCCAUCGCUCCUGCUCUAUCCCUACAGCUCCUCUGUCUCUCUAGGGCAUCAUGAACACGUUGACCUGCUUUCCAAGGCUGAGCCAGCCUAGAGAGGAAUACACCUUCCUCUGCCUCCCGGGACAUGGGGGAGGGCCACACACAAAGAGAAGCAGGUUAUCUUCUUUUCUUUUUUUAAGGCAAAGCUUGGCCCUAUUAAAGAUAGGAGGAUUUGGGAAUUUGAACAUCGGUGACUACACAGUAGCCCCUGAGAAAAGGGGACCACGUGUGGCUCUACCCCAGGCCUCCGCCCUUGGUGGCUCUACCCCGGGCCUCCGCCCUCGGUGGCUCUACCCCGGGCCUCCGCCCUCGGUGGGUUCCAGAGUGCUUUGUCAUGGUUCCCAAGUCUCCUAGACCACGAUCUCGAUUUUUAUGGCCUCUGUUUGUCUAAGGGACUUGGAGUUGCCAGCAAUUGCUAGAACUCAGCCCCCUCUUCUGCUAAUUAUAGGAGCCACUUAAGUUAACUCAGGGGAGAGAAAGACAUUUGGGAUCUGUAACAGGUCCUUCCCCGCUGGUCAUUGGUCAUGUAGAACCCAGCCAAGAGCUCUGCCAAGAGCUCUGGAGCUGAAGCAGGCCUGGGGUCUGGCCAGAGGGCUGAAGAUGGAGAAGGAAGAAGAGAGAUUCUUACUUUGCUUUUAAAGCCCCUUGUAGCCAAGCUAACAUUCUGAAAUGACCAUAGGAAAUGGCUGUGGAAGCCACCUGCUCUCUCUGUCACACACCCGUCAUUCACGCUGCCUCUCCGGCGCUGGGGAUGGGAUGAGAGGCUAUGUGCGCUUGGUCACAGCGAGGACCUUCACCCUCCUCAGUGAGAGGAGCCCUGAGACCUUGAGUGCGCCCCAUGGGGAAAGCAGGCAGCCCAAGAGCCAGGCAUUCAGGAAUUGUGCCGUCCACGCGGCUCUCUUGAGUUUCCGUGUCUGAGUGCUUCCAAGGGUGAGUCCACCGCCCUGUGAACACUCCAUGACCCCAGAAACCAACCACUGGGCUGUGCCUGUGUCUGCUCUCCCCAAAGCAUUAACCAUCGGGACAGCAGACACAUUCAGAGGAGGUUUGAUUGGCAAGAUUAGCAGGUGUGGUGAUGAUUGGUAUCUGUGUAUUUUGUGUCUUUGGAAAUAGUUCUACAUAAAGCAAAUUUGUUCUUUCUGCUGGUAAGGCCUCGUAACUGUGAUUAAUACCAAUAAAGGGAAUAUUGUGGAA